CUCAAUCACCGCCGGCUUGUGCGUUCACGACGAUGCGCGCUGUCACUUUGCUCGCGUGCGCCACUUCGGUGGCAUCGCUCGUCGUGCCGAGCACGAAGACGUCUUUGACGCGAUGUGACGCCAAGUCGAAGUCGAUGCCCUUCCUCGAGUGCCCCGCGGCGCUGGACGGCACGCUGCCCGGCGACGUGGGCUUCGACCCCCUGCGGUUCACGGACCUCGACUGGAACAUGGCCGAGGUCAUCAUCCCCGCGAAGUCGAUCUCCGCCACGGAGAGCCUGCCGAUGGUCUACUGGAUGCGCGAGGCCGAGCUCAAGCACGGGCGGCUCUGCAUGCUCGCCAUCGUCGGCUACCUCACGGUCGACGCGGGCAUCCACUUCCCCGGCGCGCGCUACGAGGGCCUCUCGUCGCUCCAGGCGCACGACGCCAUGGUCGCGUCCGGCAACAUGGGCUUCAUGCUCCUCGCCGUGGGCGUCCUCGAGCUGCUGAGCAUGGUCGGCGUCGUCCAGGCCGCCAAGGGCUCGGGCCGCAAGGCCGGCGACUUCUCCUGGGACCCGCUCUACUUCACGCAGGGCGCCAAGGCGGACUUCUUCUUCGAGGCGGAGAUCCAGCACGCGCGCCUCGCCAUGCUCGCCUUCUCGGGCCUCGUCACCCAGUCCGCGCUCCUCGAGAAGGGCUUCCCCUACUUCUAGGCGGCGGGCCCCCGCGCGCGAGCCGGGCCGCCGCCGGCUCCGGGAAACGCCGGACACCCCGCGGGUCGCCUCGCCGACCGCUUCUCCUAACACACGGCCCGCAUCC